UGCCAUCAAAUUUAUGCAAUUUAUGCAAAGAAAAUUGGUUGAUUCUUUUUUUAAGCCGUUUCUUUAGCUCCAUAUUAUUUAGCUCCAUUUCUUUAGUUUGUGAUAUUUUUUAUUUUGCAACAUGUUAACGAACAAUAUUGUUGUCUUGCGUUAAUAUGCUAUGUUUUAUGAAUCAUAUUUUAACUCUCUGUAUUACAUUUUUAGACACUUUUACACAUAAUUGUUUAUUUUCAUUUAAAUUAACUUUUAUUACGUUUGUAAAUAAAAAAAAGUCUUCAAUGACACAUAUUCUUUAACAUCUCUAGAAAGUAGUAUAAUUGCUAAUUUACAAAAUUACAUCUAAAUUUAUCACAAUAAUUUUUUUAUAGGUAAUUAUGUGAAAUGUGUGUAGAGCAUUAUUAUUAAAUUUGAUGAUUAAUUUAAUUGGAGAUUUUGUUUCUUCAGUUUAUAGCGUUUAAAAUCUGACAAUCGUAUCGAUACGCAGUGAAAAAUUUAAUAACUAAUAUGAAAAUAUUAUUAGGCGUCAAGAUUUGUUCCAAUCGAAAACAGCACUUGUUUUUAUUUUUUGUGUUAAUUUCCAUACUUAAAAUUUAUAUACAGAUGUUAACUAGUUGUAUCUAACAAAAUCAGAGACAUGCAGGUUUCUAUUUAAAAAAUUCACAAUUGUAAAACAAAAUAAUUUAAAAAAAAAUACUUUUAUAACUUAAAAUUGACAUUUUAAACAGAAAAAAUAGUUUAAGUAUCGAUUAUUCAAAAAAUUUGGAUUAUAUUCUGUAAUCUGAAAAUAACGUGCAAGUAAAACUUUAAAUUUAAGCAAUGGAUUAAGCUAAAAUGCAAAAAACAUCGCUAUCAUAUUUGCGUUGAAAACUGCAUUUACAAUAUUCAAAAGUGUUUCUAGUAAAUAGUUUUAAUAUCUAAUAGAAAAUUUUUAUUACUAUUUUAAAUAAUUUUUUAAAUCCAAAAUAUAUAUAUGUUUAAUGUCGCCCGUACGAGUCAACACUAGAUGUUCACGUGUAUAAUUAAUCACUUAAAUUUACAAUCACCAACGUAUACUGCGCGCCGACAAAUUCAUCCGUUUUAAGACAAUUUUUGGCCGGAAUAUGUAAUAUUACAAAUAAAAUAGACUAGUUUUAAAUUCUUAUAAUUCUAUAGUAAUGAUAAAUGCAGUUUAAAAGAAGUUUAACACGUAAAUAUUAAUUUAUAGCCCAUACAUAUUUAAAUAUUAUAUUAACAAAAAUGCAUAUUUUAAAACGCAAAUGUUACGUAUAACAUAAUUAUAUAUACAUAUUAGUUUGUGACAUAAUACCGGAAUUGUUAUCUAGAUGCCAAGGCUUUUUGUGGAGGGGGAAAAAACAGAAAUUGCUAUUAGUUCAUAAUGUUUCAAAGAAUAAAAAUGCGGUGAUAUUCAUGUUGAAUCGUAUGUGCAUAUAAUAAAAGCACAUUAUCAUACUUAGAGCAAACAUAUUUAUCUGUAAUAUAAUUGCGUCUGAUUCACCUUCGACCAACCGGUUGAACUGGACGUCGGCGAUCGGCAAGAAGGGACUGUCGGAACUGAAUCGAAUGUGCGUCAGAAGGUCGUUAUGAAGCCGAUAAAAUCGGGCAGCCGUCCUGUAUCGCGACGAUGUUAAUUGAGCAUCUGUAAAAAGACGGGUAGACGACCAACUAAAUGACGCAGUCUGCGAGUUCACCUUCGGAAACUUUUACGGAAAAGUUGGAUUAUAUCCAAUUACGCUUCGUGCAUUGGGAACAAAAGCGAGGUCGCCUUCUUGUACCUCGAAGGAUUCGUCGGCGAGACGAUCCGCGAGGACACGCUCGCUCGCGAUUGGAAAAGAGUCAAGAGUGUUGGGGAGAAAGGGCGACUCACUGGAAAUUAUAAGAGAGCGAUCAACCAGCAAGAGUGGGGCAGUCGCUUCCAAGUGAGCACCUGAGGCACUACGGAUCGAAGUACGUUCAUAUUAUCAUAUAGGAUCUCUCUAGGAUAGUGCUUAAGACAUAAAUUUCCGCCACUUGGCGCGGUCCAUCAAGAGGCAGAUUAAAUUUUUAGACGUUCAAGCUUAAAAUCCUUUAAGCAAAAGCAAAAUGGGAGCAGUUGAAUGGGCUGCCGAUGAGGACAAUUAUGAGUGUCCUCUCUCGAUGGAGACGCAGAAGCUGGCCAAGGAGGAACUCAGAGAGGACAAGAAUACCAGAGAUCAGGCUCUCGAACAAAUGCGUAACUGGAUCAAGAUGAAUCCGCGCAUUCAGAAUUGCCGACUCGAUGCGCGAUUCUUAUUAAGAUUCUUGAGAUGCAAAAAAUUCAAUGUCCCAAUGGCCGAGGAGGCCGUAGAACGAUACUUGUUGCUUCGACAGGUGUACCAAAUAGCAUUCCAUAAUUUAGACAUCAUGGAACCGAAUAUGACGGAAUUAUUAUCAUUAGGAUAUAUCUUCGCUGCACCUGGUCGCGAUGCGAAAGGCCGUCGUGUUAUAAUCGCCAGACCAGGCGUAUUCGAUCCUCAUAAAUACACGAAUGUGGACAUGUGCAAGAUCCACGCCAUCACGUACGAGGCGUUGAUGGAAGAUGAGGAGAGUCAAGUGCGUGGCUUCGUGCAUUUCGCUGAUGGUGCCGGCGUAAGUUUCCCUCAUCUGACGCUUUUCACUCCCAAGGAAGCAGUGCGCAUCGUGAAAAAUGGCGAGCGUACCGUGCCGAUGAGACACAAGGAAGUCCAUGCGAUCAACGCACAUCCCUCACUGAAAUUUGCCCUGGACUUUGGAAUGUCAUUGAUCUCCGAGAAGAUCAGGAGCCGCGUGAAGCUUUACACGAGUCUCGAGGACGCUAUUAAUCACAAGAUGGACGUGAGCAUGUUGCCGAAGGAAUACGGCGGUACUAUCCCCAUGAAGGAGAUGAUCGAUUUAUGGCGAAAAGAAUUGCUGCAAUCGAAGCCGGCAUUAUUGAGCAACGAUAAGAUGCACGUCUGCCUCGAAUUGUACUCGGACAAGGCGCGGGAAGGCGCGGUUUCUGCAUUGAAGCAAGGAUUUGGUUGUUCCAGCGUGGGAUCCAACCACGAUACCACGAUGUGCGGUAUAAGCGGCUCCUUCAGAAAACUCGAAGUCGAUUGAUAUUUUAAUUGACAUUUUUCACUUAUAAAUGUUUUUCAUCUGAAGAUAAGCAGCACGGGAUCAUCAUUUUGGAAAUCGCACUGAAUUUUAGAUUAGUCAUGGUAUUAAAAGAAUAUAACUUUAUUUUUGUAUUACGUAGAUAACAAUACGCAAUAAACGAAGUAUAACUGAAGUGUAUUAUUUACAGCCGCACUAUAAAUAUGUGUAUAUCAAGCUAUGUAUCGAUGCAAAAGUAAUUGUUAAUUUUUGUAAUUUUUGAAAUGGUUAUGUAUAUAUUUAUAUAUUGUAAAAAUGUGUUUAUAUUUUAAAUUACAACAAAUGUAUAUUAAAGAUAUGAUUAAAAUAAUUGUAUUUACUUUGUACUUGGUUUCAAAUAGCACAUUUUAUGAACACAGCGUUUUAUUACGAAACUUUUAUUCCAUUACUUUUGCAUUAAUCUAAUACAUAAUUUUUUUUAUUAAUCCUUUACAAUUAAUAUAACAAAAGACAUAAUGGUUUUAAAAUUAAAAAAUUAAUUAAUGUUAGGCCAAUAAGAGUACAAAGUACCACGCUGAACUCUUAUUGAUCCAACAUUAAUUGAUUUUUUAAUUUUAAAUUUCAAAGAAUCCUAGAUUAUAUUUUAACUUAAUUUUAAUAACGGUUUUAUUUAUUCAUUCCCUGUUCUGGAAUUUGUAUUAGCAAUUGACUUAAAAGUAAAUAAAAAUAUUUUGCUCA